UAUAUCACUUAUAAUAAUAUGAAACAUAUCGAUUUAACAAAAAAGUAAAAUCAGUAUUGUGCCGAAAAGAUACACGAAUCUUUAUAUUCAAAUUAUAUUACUAUUUACUUAAUAUUAUAUUCAUUUUUUUAUUAUUAUAUUAUUUUUUUAUUCAUUUAUUUAUCUUCAUAUAUUAUAGAAAAUGAGCGUAAAAAAAGAACAAAAAUCUGAAAUAUUACGGAAAUCGGAUAAAAUGAUAGAUAAUCAUCGAGAAUUUUUAGAUAUGGAUACAGAUGAAGAAAAUUUUGGGCACCAAGAAAUACCUGAAGUUGAAGAAGAACUUUCUUCAGAACCUGAGAAACCAAAACUUUCUGAAGAAGAUCUAAUUGAAUUAGUGAAAUAUGUAAAAAAUUUAACAAUAUGUUCUUGUAAUAAUAUAAGUUGGAACAAACAAUCGGAUGAAAUAAUUAGAGAAUAUUUUAAAGAUCCAUCACAUAUAAUGCUAACUACAUUUUAUGAUAAAAAUGAAUUAAAUGCCAUGUUAAAUAUUCCGAUACAUGUAUCUAUGGGAUUUACAUAUUUCUUAAGAUCACCAUGGCAAAUUUAUACUCCAGAAAAUUUUUUAAAGACCAUUUUAUUUGGUAAUAUUAACAAAAACAUAAAAAAUAAUAUUUUAAAAUUUAUGGAAAAUAUAUAUGCACCGAUUGUGCUUCACAGUGAAGAUUACGCAUCAUUUUUAAGACAUGAUGUGUUUUUAAAUUUACAUGAAUUUAUUUCACGUUUAAUGGAUGAAAUUUAUAAACCAAUGGGUCUGACUAUUUUAUAUGUACCAAAAGAACGUCUUCUUCAAACUCUUUUAAAAUCUUCGAAUAAAAAUGAUUAUAUUUCGUUGUAUACAAAUCAAACAUCAAUCUUUUCGGAAGAAGAUGAAAAAAAACGAAAAUUAAUUGAAAGACUAGAUAAAAUAGUUUGGUUUUGGAUUGGACAAAUGCAUAGAGCAACAAUAACAUUGAAAUGGAGAAAAAUUAAAAAUUUACAAGAUGAAGUUGAUUAUUGGAAUGCAAAACAUAAUAUUGAAAAUUCUGUGACAGAAAUAUUGCUUCUUAUAUUAUUUGUUUGGACAGAAUCGCCAUUUUAUUCUAAUAAGAAUAAUAUGGAAAUAUUAUGUCAAGCAUUAAGUUCACAAAUAAUGGAACAAUGUAUAAACUAUAUUAAUUUAGAUAUUGCUUUUAGAGAUGAUCCUAAAAUAGGAAUAGAGAUGUUGAAAAAGUGUAUAUUUUGUUGCAAUAUUUAUAAAACAAUUUAUGAUCACAUUAUGACGAACAUUACGUCUUAUACUAAUUCUAAUAAAAAAUGGAAUAUAAAUCGAAAAGAAGUUUUUAAUAAAAUUGAUAUUUUUCAACAAAGAUGCUAUGAUAUCAUUGAAAUAUGUGAAGCAUUAACAAUAUUUGGAAGAGAUGGUAAAAUAAGAUUAAUAGGAGGUCCAAAAGGAGUCGAUUAUGAAGCAUACUGGCGACAAAUAGAAUUUUUGUUUUACGAAAGUUUAGAUGAAAUUAUAACAGCUCGCAAUAUCAUUUUUACUAUUAUAAAACCUGUAUGGCUUAAUAAAAUGAAACAAUUUAGAUAUACAAUUUUACAAUUAGAAAAUAUGGUAAUUAAUUUGAUUAAUAAUAUAUUUAAAAAUGUAAAAAAUAUAGAAGAAGGAAUCGAAGCAAUUUACGCUUUACAAAAAUUUAAAAAAAAAAGUUUACAAGAGAUAUUACAAAAUAAAUGGAUACAGAUAUGGAAAAUAUUUAGUAAUGAAAUCGAACAUUGUUACAUUAAUGUAAUUCGUCAAUCAAAAAAAAAGAUAAAUAAUGAUGUGAAUUUGUUAUGCAUUUCACAAUACUUAAAAAAUCAAUAUUCUAUAAUUAUAAAUGCAUUAGAUUGGAUAGGAGAUUGUAAUGUUGAAAAGUGUGUUUUGCAACAAUAUGAACAUGUAUUAAAUGUAAUUGACAAGAGACAAAAGAUGUUUAACAUUUACAAUACAAAUACAAUAUACUAAUGAAAUUUUUUAAGAUUACAAUAAAAGAUAUAAAUGAAAUAAUAAAAAUUGUUUAUAAAAAUUUUGU